UCAUCAAAUUAGCUAUUCAGUGAAUUUAAUAAUAACUUGAAACAUAUUUAUAAUUAUAUAAUGGCGUCCACAUCAAAGGAAAAUAUGACCCCAAGUUCGCCUCAAGAUAACGACGACAGUUUGGAGCCAGGCGCGUGUCCCGAGAGUGUUCUAAAUCCCACCGACUCUUUCGAAGAGUUUGCAACUGAAAUGAGCUCAAGUCUAGACGAAAGGAACACGCUCGCAAAAAAGACGAGCACAAUAAGUGAGAUUCAGAGUGAAAUUUUGAAAACAGCGGCUGAAACAUCACAACUUAAAAACACCAAAUCUACUGAUGAUUUACAAAGUAAAGAUGAUUCAAUGCCAGCAUCAGCAAGCUGCUCAAAUUUGGUGGAAGAAAACGGAGAAAAUGAUGAGAUUGAGAAUUAUUUACACUCACCAGAGUUAAUUAAUAAAGAGAAGCAUGUAUUUAUACUUAGUUCAGCCGGUAAACCUAUAUAUACAAGGUAUGGCAAUGAAGAUAAAUUAGCCGGGCUGUGCGGAGUGAUACAAGCACUUGUCAGUGUGGUAGAGGAACAGAAUCAGGAUAUUCUACGGUCUAUAAUUACAAAGGACUGUAAGGCAGUUUUCCUCGUAAAAGGCCCUUUGAUUCUUGUAGCAGUCUCAAAGUCCAAUGAAAGCGAAACACAGCUGGUCCUACAACUCACGUAUGCUUAUAAUCAAAUUGUGUCGGUAUUAACCCUAACACAGCUGAACAGAAUAUUCGAACAACGACGGAACUAUGAUCUGCGACGACUACUAGCGGGAGCGGAAAGACUCAUAGAUCAUUUGCUCAUUUUCAUGGAGAAAGAUCCAGCAUUCUUACUUGGAGCAGUAAGAUGUCUGCCCCUACCGGAAAAGUCUAGAGAGAGCAUUACCAAUGCUAUCAUAUCUUCAUGCAAUAAAAUAAGAGAUCUGGUAUUUGCUAUUCUGUUAGCUGGUAACCAACUGAUUACGCUGGUUAGGAUGAAGAAGUACACACUUCAUCCAUCAGACAUACAUUUACUGUUUAAUUUAGUGAGAAGUUCCGAAUCUUUUAAAACUGCAGAGAGUUGGACGCCUAUUUGCUUGCCCAAAUUUGAUGCGACAGGCUUUCUUCAUGGACACGUAUCAUAUAUCUCAGAGGACUGCCAAGCUUGCCUCCUGCUGCUGACAGUUCAGAGGGAUGCCUUCUAUCCAUUAUCACAAGCCAAGCAUACAAUAGCGGAGAAACUACGAAAGUCCAAAUGCCUCGUAGCUAUAAACGACGCCUUGAAUCGCAGCCAAGAGUUGCCUACAACUAAUCCUUUGAAACACAUUGGUAUACCAGAAAUCAGGCAUUUUAUGUACAAAUGUAAGUCAACAGCACAGCUGUUUACUUCCGAUCCCAUCUGCCUGGACAGAUUACAGGAUUACAGGCAGAGGCAUAGAGAAGGUGGUGAUAUUACACAGAAGAAAAUAACCAAACUCUCCGAUAUAGACUAUGUGAGAAAUUACAGAGAGUUUAGCAAUCAAAUACACUGUGCCACCACACCAGCUAAGUUAAUAUUCAGAUCUAACUGUGAAAAUACAGUACUAGCGUGGGUGACCAAUGGUUUUGAGCUGUACGUAACAUUUGACGCGUUAAUGGAAAAGGACCACGCAAUACGAGCAGUAGACCGUCUUCUGUGCUGGAUCAAGAGGGAAGAGAAGAGCAUAUUCAUCAUGAACGCACCAACCUUCUAGCCCAAGGUUACCCUCAGUACUAUGAUCAAGAAUUCGAUCAGUCGAAAUUCUAGUACUGAGAAUUGAAAUUAUCACUAUCUGUGAUAUAUGGCAAUAAUAUAAUCAACCAAGCCCAAUGUAUAUAAUUUGCAAGCAAUGUAUUUUGCCUGGUGGCCAAAAUGGAACUUAAAAGACUUAUGUGUUCUGUGUCUAAACUUAAGCUUUAAAGCCUCCACACGUCGGCAGUCGCAUCUGUAGACGUCGUCUGCAUCUGCCGACGUGAAGAGGGGCUUCAACAGAUGUAUCCGCCGACAUGUAGAGGCGACUACAGGGCGCUUAUUGAGAUUACAGGCCAAACCCACUAGUGAGGCAG